AGGUAGAGGAAGUCUGUAAGCCAAAUUAACGCUUUCUGAUCGUGCAAAGACCGGUUCUGUAUUUACAGGGCAGAAGCGAGGCGAAAGGGCAAUCCGUACGCAAGUAUAACACUUUUUUUCUCCCGGAUAUUCGUGGGUGGCAAAAGAAUUUGCUAAUUUGUCAAUUCUCUGAACGUUGGAUCAUCACAAGACAUUGCGACAAUCAAUCUGAUGCCCUCAGCUUUGACUGACGCAAAACUCUCACGUUCUCGUUCCAGUUGUGGGUGAAAAAAUGUUUGCUUUGUAAGUACUAACGACAAUAUCAUCUCUGUUCUAUAUUGACUGCCGCCAUCGAAUGGAGACCGCAACUUCGUUCACAUCUUUCUCUAAUACCACCGCUUCUCCGGUUGCCGAUUCAAUCUCGGUCGCCUCACUGCUGUCUGUUGUCGCCAUGGGUUGCACAAUGGUGUUUGCAAUUUUCGGAAACGUCUUGGUGAUCUUGGCUGUGCACCGCACAAAAAGCCUACGAACUACGGCCGCUAUUCUUGUUGUAAACCUAGCUUUGGUGGAUCUAUCGAUCACCGUUUCAAUCGUGCCGUUUGUUAUGACGCUAGCUGUCACGCAAGAAUGGGUUUUGCCUUGGGUAGUGUGUCGUCUCACGGGCUUCAUAAAUGCUUUCUUAACUGCCGGUCAAAUCUUGGCCCUGUUUCACAUCAGCGUAAACAGGUAUAUCGCUGUGGCUUACCCUCACUCGUAUGAAACUCGUUGCAACAAGCGAGGCACUAUAUGCACUGUGCUGCUAGGAUGGUUGUUUUCUUUAAUCUGGACUACGCUUCCGUUUUAUGGAUGGGGCAAGCUCGGAUUCAUACAAGGCACUUUAUUUUGCAACAUACUAUGGUCCGCGAAUAUGGCCUAUGCGAUCACUGUGCAUGUUGUAUGUUACUUUAUACCAUCCAUUCUCUCCGCAGUGCUGUAUCUUGGAGUCUACAAACAUAUGCGAUCGCAAGGGAAGCGAAUAUUCCAGCAAACAUUUAGCUUAGAAUUGACACAGAAUUUGGACAAGGAAAGAAGUGAAUCAACAAUUAGUCCCAACAUCGGAGAGGAGAACGUACCCAGAACUAUAUCCUUUGACAAUCUCUCCAUAUCAACAGAUAACAUUAUUAAUUCAGGAUUUUCGGAUCUUAGCGAACAAUCAUCAGCGUCCACUCGAGCGAAACGAAGUAGACGUCGUAAAUUAAUGGAAGCCCGAGUCACAAAAGUGCUUCUUGCAGUUGUUAUGGCGUUCGUCUGUUGCUGGAUUCCGCGAGGAAUCGCGAACCUCUGGGCGAUCUUCGUGAGCCGCAAAGCCGUCCCACGCGCGCUCGAGUACAGCUCGACCGUGUUGGUGUUUUUCAACGCGGCAGUGAACCCUGUGUUAUACGGCGCUUUGCACCAAGAUUUUCAGCGCGCGUUUCGAAGGAUAAUCUGUUGCGAGCCAAACAUGAACAGAGGCAGGGCUGCGACCAACAUGAGCUUAUCAAUUCGGUGACGUCAAAGUCGGAGAUGUACCGCACAUCAAGCGAGUACUUUCCACUCUUCUUCCCAAGAAUAAACCGUCUCAAAAAUGUCUCAGUAUCAAAGGCAAUCAUCAUCUACCUGUGAGCAGAAGCCGUAAACAGUGAAAAAAGGAAUUACUGACAAGUGGACAAGGUUGGCUCAAACUGAAUCGGUGGAAAACCAUUGUGCUAAUAUACUCUAAACCACGUUUCUCUUCUAUUCAUCAGAAAGUUUAUUUAAUUCUUCACCCCUUUCAUCUUUCCAUUGACUGAUUCAAUAAAAAUAUAUA